UGUGACGAAAGCGAUAGGCGAUGAGAUCACUCUCCAUGCUCCAUGCUGCAGUCUACUCAACACCACCCCAAAAUGGCACUGAUCUCAUUGCCUGGGCUUUGGACAUGUGUCGCUCUUCUCGUGGCCAUCUUCUCCAUCCCAUUCGUCUCCACACGAGCAUGAGGGCGCAGACGUCUCAACCUCUAGCCUCUCUCUCCCAGACUCCAGAGCAAGCAAGCAGGAGAUCACGAGCUCACAAGUAUACCGAACCCGUCGUCGUCGACGCCACGCUCGCAUUGAAACAAUUUUCGCUUUUAGGCUUUUAGCAAGAGAGUGCCGCUUUUGUCCCCCUGUUUCUUGAAGCAGAGCUGCGGUUUUUCGAGUUUGCCGGCGGCCAUGGGAGGAGGACCUUCGAGGUUGGGCUUGCCGCGGUUGUUGAUGGUGGUGGCGCUUGUGCUUCUGCCAUUGUGUGGUUUCGGUGUCCAUGGAAGGAACCAUAUCCACAAGAAGCCGCAUGGCGGCGGUGGCGGAGGAGGCCGGCAGCACAGGGGUGGCGGCACGGUGGUGUCCUCCCCUGCGGUCCCACCGGCGGACGAGCAGACGCAGCCGCCUGGCAUUGUCCCCUCGGACCCGGUCAUCCCUGCCCAGCCGGAGCAGUGCGUGUUCGACGUCAGGGCGUUUGGUGCGGUGGGCGACGGCACGACGGACGACACCGAGGCGUUCCGGGCGGCGUGGAGGGCGGCCUGCGCCGUGGAGUCGGCCGUCAUCUCGGUGCCGUCCGACGGCACGUUCACCAUCACCACGACCACGUUCACCGGGCCGUGCAAGCCCGGCCUCGUCUUUCAAGUGGAUGGGGUGCUGAUGCCGCCGGACGGGCCGGACUGCUGGCCGCCGUCGGAUAACCGGCGGCAGUGGCUCGUCUUCUCCAACCUCGACGGCCUGACGCUGCGCGGCGCCGGCACGAUCGAGGGCAACGGCGAGGGCUGGUGGAAUCUCCCCUGCAAGCCUCACAGGGGUCCGAACGGGUCGACGCUGCGCGGCCCGUGCGACAGCCCGACGUUGGUGAGGUUCUUCAUGAGCCGAAACCUGGUGGUGGAGGGCCUGAGGGUGGAGAACAGCCCGGAGUUCCACUUCCGGUUCGACGGCUGCAGCGACGUGCGCGUCGACGGGCUGUCCAUCAGGUCGCCGGCGAACAGCCCCAACACCGACGGCAUCCACGUCGAGAACACCCAGCGCGUUGCCAUCUACAACUCCAUGAUCAGCAACGGUGAUGACUGCAUCUCAAUUGGGACGGGGAGCUACGACGUCGACAUUCAAAAUGUUUCUUGCGGCCCUGGACACGGCAUAAGCAUCGGGAGCUUGGGCGUGCACAACUCGCAGGCGUGCGUGGCGAACGUGACGGUGCGGAACGCGGUGAUCCGGAACUCGGACAACGGGCUGCGGAUCAAGACGUGGCAGGGCGGGAUGGGGUCGGUGUCCGGGAUCAACUUCGACACGGUGAGCAUGGAGAACGUGCGGAACUGCAUCAUCAUCGACCAGUACUACUGCCUGGACAAGCGGUGCAUGAACCAGUCCACCGCCGUGCACGUCACCGACGUCUCCUACGCCAACGUCCGGGGAUCCUACGACGUCCGCGCGGCCCCGAUCCACUUCGCCUGCAGCGACACCGUCCCCUGCACCAACAUCACCAUGUCCGAGGUCGAGCUGCUCCCCUUCAGCGGCGAGCUCGUCGACGACCCAUUCUGCUGGAGCGCCUACGGCCUCCAGCAGACGCCCACCAUCCCGCCCAUCUACUGCCUCCAGGACGGCCUGCCGGACUCGCUCCUCGACAACCCGGACCUCAGAUGCCGAUGAUCUAUCGAUCGUCGUCUAAUUAAUGCUUCAUACACACUAGCUAGCUAGUGCACACUUUAUUGCAUGCCUCACUUAAAAGCUGAUGAGUUUAAUUAUAUAGUAUGCAAAUUAAUACUACUAGUAUUAGUAUUACUCCACUAUUUACGAUUACUAAUUUUUGAGUUAUGUGAAGCUGUACUGUACAUGUGCGCAUCUGCUCCCUCUUGAUAUUACUUGUGUCGCUUUAAGUCAUUGCUGCUUCCAAUUGAAUUCUCACAUUCACAGUUUCUAAAAAUCAGUAUAUUGGCGACACAUUAAAGCACGCACACAUUACAAAUAUAUCCUAUUCCUUCAUUUUUCAAAUUACUUAUCGUUCUAUUAUAUCCUAAAUAAAAAACAUUUGUACCUUUUUUUAUCAUUAAUUUAACAUCAUAAGAUUUAUGUAGAUUUAUGUUUGUACAUUCAUCGUGAGAAAUACUUUUAUAAUAUAUAUAAUUCACAUUUUGUUAAACUAUA